CAGCGCACAACCUCUAUAAAAUAUAAUUUACCUCCUUGACCAGUACUUCCUUUUUUAGGAGGCUUUUCAAGGCCUUUCAUGAUUUGAAACGCACGCUAAUGUCAUCGCCUACCAUCGUCACAUUCUUCCGCCCAACAGCCCGAUCGUCACAAUGAGCCCUCGGGAGCUCAACAGGGCGGAAACGCCACCUUUUCUCGUGAAGCUCUUCUACCGGACUGGGGCUUUUCACAGGCCAGAAGAAUUUAACACACCAUCAUCCCUCCCCCCGCACCUGCAGAUCCACACCUGGCCGGACUGCACCCUCCUGGAGCUCUCCUACCACAUCGCCGACGCCUCCCCGCCCGUCCUGCCGGACCCGGCCGUCGGCACGCGCCUCUGCUUCAGCCUCGUCUACGCCGACACGCGCGGCCGGACCGACACGCCGCCCCGGUACGUGUCCAAGUUCCUCGGCUCCGUGGUCCUCGGCCGCGGCGGGCCGGGCGCAUCCCGCGACCCGCCGCGCCGCCCGGGGGACGAGCUCGACGGCGGCGCCGGCAGCGGGGAUGGCGGCGGCGAUGAUGACAACAACAACAACAACGACGACGACGACGACAACCAUAGUGCCGGCAGCAGCGAGGACGAGUCCCUGACGCUGGCCGACGCCCGGUUCAUCACGGGCGACUUCAUCUCGUGUGCCAUCCUGCCGCCGGACGAGCUCACCGGCGACGUGGUGCCGGCGAGCAGCGCCAGGAUGGGGCGCGGCGCGGGUGUAGGGGAGGCCAGGGGCGGUUAUGUGGACGACGAGGACGCUCCGCCGCCGCCGUAUUCGAGGUCGAGGAGGGGGAGUUACGGGGGACCCCCGCCGCCGGGCGGGGGCCGCAUGAGAGGGGGCUAUCGGAGUGGCGGGCCCCGGGGUUAUGGCGGCGGUGGAGGGAGGUAUCGGGAUAGGGAUGAGCCGUUUGGAAGGGGCGGGGUCAGGAUACCGGACGGCGAGUGGAGGAGAGGAGACAGGUUGCCCGACGAGCCCCCGGAAAUUGGGAGAUGGGGGAGAUAGAGUCUUAAGGCUCUGCGGCAGCUGGUUGAUACCGCGGAAAAGCGACGCGGUGGGGAACUCCGGGCGCUCAUCCAAGGCUGGCUGUCAGGCUUGCCUGAUAAGCUCGAGGACAUGGAGCGCACUUUAGAGCUCGUGGAUGGCAGUGACGAAGUUCCCAUGGAGACCUCGGGGAAGAAGCGGGCAGACGAGGGGGACCGCUCCAAUGAUCCCGAGGCUCGCAGGAAGAGGGUUAAGCUGGAGCGCGAUUAGAUCCCACUUCAGAUCGUCGCCUGGGAUUAGCGUAACAUAAGGAUCCCCUGCGAAGUUGAGCGACAGCGGUAAUAUAUGUAUAUAUAUAUGUGUUUAUAUAUAU